UUUCAACCAAUGUUUGCCUCAAAAACUGUUAUAAACCUUGACAUGACGAGUGAUCUUGUUGAUCACGUUGAUAAAGAUAUAAUGAAGUACGCGGACAACUUCAUCUCCACGCCCGGUACCAUCUCAACUCCUCACAGCCCACAAUUUGUGCAAUCUGACCAGCUGUCAAGUGGUUGUAGCAGUCUAGAUGGUGCAGUGACGAGCUCAACUCCUGAAAAAGCAGCUCCAGAGUGUGAAGCCAGUACACCUAUUAUCAAGAUUCCGAGUGGUUGCCAGGGGAAUAGAACAUAUCAUACCAUCCAACCCUGUUACACAUCCUCCCCUAAACCUAUUAAUUUAAGUCCUGGUUCUGGAAACAGUCUCCACCCCUUGUCCCCACCACUCACCCCAGUAUUGGCUGCUAAGCUGUCAGCUCCCAACUUUGUCCGACCUCCCCCUCCUCCACAACCUCCGUCCAUGCUGUAUUCUCUCUACGGGAUGGGGCAGAUCAGUGAGGAUAACAACACAGCAGCUGAUAAACCGAGCAGGAGUAGCUGGGGUGAAAACACUUCCUCCCCUGCAGUAACCCAUGUUCCUCUCGGCAGCUUGUACGCUUUACCUCCUCGUAUCCUAUAUCCUGGCUACCAGUUUCAGUGGUCGACUGAAUUGCCGAGUCUGACCCCUUACCCCCUCUCAACACCCGCUCUCCAGCAACCCGACAUAUACCUCCAACCACCGGCCCCUCUUAGUCCCUCCACCGCUCAAGGCUCACCGGUCCAGGGACACGACAUGUACUUCUCUCAACCGUCAAGUUAUUUUAACAACGGUAACUUUUAGAUCACUUGUAAGAAUUUGGUAGAACUUUCCGGAUUACCCUCGUGAUAAUUUGCGUUCUAGAGUAAGUUUUUUAGUGGAGGGGUCGAAUUUGUUGUUGAACCACUUCUGAUUAGAUUCAUUUGGUUUUAUACGAUCGUCUUUAAUUUGUAUCCCCUCAUGACUUGUUAAGUUAGGAAUGUUUUAAUUUAUUUAGGCAAUUUUUUGACUUUAGUCGCCUAAUUUUAUAUCAUUUUAUAAUAUCUUCGAUAUUUUAUCAAAUUUUUAGCUAUUGUUUUUUGUCGGUGGUCGACCGGUUUGUUUGUGAUUUCAUGUAGAAUGUAGAUGUAGACUGACGAUUUGCUUACUCUUUUAGCAUUGUUAACGACAAUUUAUAGUUUAGUGAUCAUUUUCAUGUAUCAUGAGGGAUAGUUGUUUUAUCUUUCGAUAUAGAAACGUAUAUGCUGAAAUCGAUCAUAUUAUGAGAAAUUCCAUUUCCAAUUGUUUUUGACUAAUGACCGAAUUAAAUGUAAUUUUUAGCACCUUAUUUUUGGUUUUUAGAGAUUUGAUUUAUUGAUCAGAUUUUUUAUACAUUUAUAGAUUUUUUAUUCUCGAUUUUUUAAUAAUGAUAUGUUAAUAAUAAGUUCUAUAAUGGAUUU